GGUUUGUUCGCACCACAAAAAAGGCCAGCGCGAAUUUCCCAACACAGUCUUUAUCACUUGAUCCAACAGAGAAGAGAUAGAAUGGCAGGCCGAGCGAGGAGUACAGGGGCAGAAACAGCGGAGUCCCAUCGUGUUCAGUUCAGCGUCGUCCAGUAUUAUCUAGUUGCGUACAACGUGCUGUCUUGCCUCGCAUGGGCCUGGAUUCUCGGAAGAUGUCUCUACCAUGAGAUUAGUGGCUACUGGGAGCCAUUGAGCGUUGGUCUCAAGGCACAGAUGAUGUCUUUGCUCCGUGCCAUGAAUCCGACUGCUCCUUCCUUGUUUACGCCUGCGGUAUUCAAUUACCUCCUUCCGAAAUGGCUACAUCCUUUGACCAAUCAAGCGUCAACGAUGUAUGCUGAGGUAGGAUUGGAGGUGAAGAUCAUCCAGACAUUCGCUCUGCUGGAAGUGGUGCAUGCGAUGCUAGGAUUAGUGAAGUCAUCUUUGGCGACGACAAUCAUGCAAGUCGCAAGUCGCUUGAUCUUAGUUUGGGGUAUUGCAGAUCACUACGACCAGGCCAAGGAGAAUCCAUUGUAUGCCUCUAUGGUGUUCGCGUGGUCAAUCACCGAAGUGAUUCGCUAUUCGUGGUAUGCCCUCAAUCUGUGCGACCUUAAGAUCUCCUGGUUGACGUGGAUUCGAUACACUUUCUUCUAUGUUCUGUAUCCUGUGGGUGCUGGGUCUGAGGCAUUCGUCAUGUUCUCCACUCUCCCACCCAUCGUUGCCACGGCGCAGUCUCCACGCCCAAUUCUUGAGAUGUGGAUGGAGCAACCAUCGGCUUUUGUGCGCCUGUUCCUUUUCCUAGGAUGGUGGCCAAGCCUCUAUGUUCUCUACAACCACAUGCGCAAACAGAGAAGAAAAGUUCUCGGAUCGUUCAAGGCCAAAGGCCGCAGUCUCAAAACGGAAUGA